GCCUCGGCUUCUCUCCCCCACCGCAUGGCUCUAUCACGUGCUUCUCAUCUCCGCCUCCUCGCCGGCGCCGGAGCUCCUCCGGCGAGAUCCUUCCACUCGCAUCCCUACCAAGCCAAGGUGGGGGUGGUGGAGUUCCUGAACGGGGUCGGGAAGGGGGUGGAGGCGCACGCGUCCAAGGUGGAGGAGGCGGUGGGCGGCGACCUGCAGAGGCUGCUCGAGGCCCGCACGCUGCGGCUCAAGAAGCUCGGCAUCCCCUGCAAGCAUAGGAAGUUAAUUUUGAGUUUCGCGCACAAGUAUCGUCUUGGUCUCUGGAAGCCCCAAGCAGAACCUAAGAAAGUGCAAGGAAGUUGAUUUAUCUUGAAGUGGACUACUUUGAAAACAAAUAUCUGCUAUCAUUAUGCUAACCUGGGAAAAUGCAAUGAAGUUAGUUUCUAAUUUCUUCCUGAAGUGUCCUACUUGGAAAGUUAUUUGCUAUCCAGACUUAAAGAAUUUGUCAGAUAACUACUUGGAAAACUGUUAGCGUUUGGGCUUGAGAAUUUGUUAGAUGUUGAGUUGUUGCAUUGUAGUUUCUAUGCAACGGUCUGAACUGUGCCCAUGCUAUAUAGCAAGCGUUGGAUGGAAUCUGAAAGUUGUCUUGUGCUUUCAGAACUUUGUUCUCACUUGUUUGAAACAAUAAAUCCUACCGAUAACUUGUCUUCUUUAUUGUUAGGUUAAAAACAUUUGUUAUUUGUGUUUUGCUG